CGCCGCCCCCCGUCCUAGAUAGUUACUUCAGGCGACGCGGAGUGCGAUCGAUGAUGGAAGGUCCGCCAGUGGAGGUGGUGACGCCGAUGAAGGAGCACCACCGGUACCGAGGGAUACGGAUGCGGAAGUGGGGGAAAUGGGUGGCGGAGAUCCGGGAGCCGAACAAGCGGUCGAGGAUAUGGCUGGGGAGCUACUGCACCCCGGUGGCCGCCGCGAAGGCCUACGACACCGCGCUGCUCUACCUCCGCGGCCGCGCCGCCCGCCUCAACUUCCCCGAAGACGUGUCCGACGACGAGGUGGAGGACGCGGCUGCGAUGUCGGCGGCGUCGAUAAGGAAGAGGGCGGCGGAGGUCGGCGCCAAGGUCGACGCGCUGCAGCUGAGCACCGCCGCCGCCCCGCUCGGAGGGCAGAAGGAAAGUCGAGGGUGUCGGAAAGGGGAGAAGCGGAGGUACAAGAGUCCGGACCUGAAUCAGGAGCCGGAGCCGGAGAGCGACGACGGCGAGGAGUAGAGCGGCGGCUCUAGCCAGUAGAUACAUGGUUACCGUGUAUGAUGUGGAAACAGAGACGUUAAUACCGUAUAAACUAAAAUUAACGGAGAUAGUUUUUUUUCCUUUUUUGGUAACUUUCUAGUUGUAAACCUUGGGAUUUGGUAGGAAGAAGAGAAAAACCAACUUCCAAUUAGAGAUAAUUAUGGAAAAGUAUGUGAUGAACAGGGUGGGCAAAAAUAAAAAGGCCCUUUUUAUUUUCAUAAAACAAAAAAGCUCAUACUUUUAUUGCAA